AUGUCUUCGAGCGACUGGGCCAGUCUGAAGGUCGUCGAACUGAAAGCGGAGUUGCAAAGCAGAGGUUUAAGCACCAAAGGCGUCAAGGCCGAUCUCGUCAGACGCUUGGCAGAAGCUGAUGCCGACGCCGCCGCCGCCACCGAAGACCAGGAGGCAGCAGGAUCCCAUAAUGGAGACAUCGCCAGGCCAGCCGAUGAUGCGUCCCAAGGAGAAGAUGUCAUUGCGCAGCACAGCAGCGAGGACAAGUCGGCCGCGACUGAAGGCGCGGAUGUGAACAUGACUGGUGAUGCGCCAAAUACAAUUGCGACACAAUCUGAGGGCGUUGCAGAGCCUGUGGCACAGGACGCAGCCGCGGAACAACUUACCGUCCCUCAGUUUGACGCCGACAACACGUCCUUGCCGCCUUCCGCGCCAGCUCACGAUGCUUCUCUCGACUUGCAGAAGCGUAAACGCCGAUCCUCCACACCGCCUCCUUCUACGAAGCGGGCCAAACAGGAGGAAGAACGUCACGCUGAGGAACAGGAGGAUGUCGUCGAUUAUGAGACGGGUGAUCUGUCUGGCAGCCCGGAAAAGAAGCCUCUAAACGGCGCGACAGAAUUACAUGGACGGGAAGAGACGGGCGCGGUAGAGGCCGAGAAUCAUCGCGUUGCAGAACCAGCAACUACUCACGCACCAAACGCGCUCGAGGCUAGCGGGGAGGAGGCAGAUUUGGCCAGGGCAGCUGCAGCAGAUGCCCCCAAGGCGUUUUCAGUCACACAAUCACCAGAGCGAAAACCAGAGCUGGAGGUCAGUGGCGAGGAUGCAUUCAUGAGGAGAGUAGCCAUAGGAAGGCACUCUGAAGCACCGUCGCAAACGUCGCAGCCAUCCCACCAUCCGCGCGAGGAUCGAUCUCAGGUAAACCAGCAACCACACAGAGAGUCCGCCGCGCCGGAGGUCGGGCACUCGCCCCCAUCAGCCCAUCCUCCGACCUCAGCCCUGUACAUCCGGGAGCUGAUGCGACCCUUGAGGUCUGAGACGGUUGAGGAGUACAUCGUCGACCUGGUAACACCACAAGGCAGCCAGCCUGACCCCAGUCUCAUCGAGGACUUCUAUCUGGAUCAAAUACGUACGCAUGCAUUCGUCAAGCUGGCCUCGGUCUCAACCGCUCAACGCGUUCGUGCCGCAAUGCAUGAUCAGAUUUGGCCCAACGAGCGGAACAGGAAGCCUCUGUGGGUGGAUUUCAUCCCGCCUGACAGCAUGAGGGAAUGGAUCGACCAAGAGGAGUCUGGAGCGAGAGGCAAUGCACACCGCUGGGAAGUCGUGUACGAGCAGGACGGCGACCGCGUCGUAGCUGUUCAUAGAGCAGCUGGCUCAGACAGCAAGUCGUUUUCAAAGCCCCCUCCGACUGGUCCGGCCGUGGGCUCUGGUCCUGGCCCUGUAUACCCUGGGAUUGAAGCUGCACCGAGAGGCCCUCGCGGUCGGGGCGGUCCGCCAGUUCGGCUAAACAACCCGAAUUUGCUUCAAACGCAAGCCAACCCUCCACUGUCAUACCAACCCCUGGGUGAAGACAUAGCACAGCGUCGUGUUGAGAACAUGCGUUCUUUCUACUCGACAAUCCCACCACACGACCUUGGCAAAGAUUACCAUCGGUACACCUUCGAAAACAGCGAUUCUUUUGUUGACAGAGGCACUGAGGUCUUCAUCGGCAUCCGGCCUCCCCAUCGGGAGAAGGAGCACCAGGAACGUCUUCGCCUUGAGCGCCUCGGACUGUCUGGCGCUGGCAGUGCGGCCGAUUCGCAGUCUCGCAGAGAGGACUACCGGGCCCCGCCCCGUCCACCCAUCUCUGAAUUCGACCGAUACUCGAGCGACCGUCGCUUUGGAGGUGAUCGCCGGCCUCGAAACCGUGGUUUCCGCGGCGAUCGAGGAUCUCAACGGUUCCGGGGAGAAGACCCUUACCGCUACAGACCAGGCUACUAA